CGUACAUCGUUCCUAGUUAAUUUGGUUGGCUGCUAAAAAUUACGAUUUUAGCCAAUCACAUUGUCCCAGGUCACACAGCAAAUGUACAGGAAGGAAAGAUGGCAGCCAGAAAUGGGAAAAAUGGUCUACUUGAGAAAUGGAGGAUUGAUGAGAAACCUGUGAAGAUUGACAAAUGGGAUGGUGCAGCUGUCAAGAAUUCUCUUGAUGAUGCAGCAAAGAAGGUCCUCUUGGAGAAGUAUGGUUAUGCAGAGAACUUCAAUCUCGUAGAUGGACGUCUCCUUAUUUGCACAAUCUCCUGCCUCUUCGCCAUCGUAGCUUUAAUUUGGGACUUCCUUUAUCCAUUCCCUGAGUCCAAGCCAGUCCUGGCAAUCUGUGUCAUAUCUUAUUUCAUAAUGAUGGGCAUUCUAACCUUAUAUACCUCCUACCAAGAAAAGAACAUCUUCCUUGUUUCUGUCCAGAAGGACCCCGCUGGCAUGGACCCUGACCACACAUGGCAGCUUUCAUCUAGUCUGAAAAGGUUUGAUGACCAGUACACACUAAGAGUGUCCUUCUCAGAUGGGAAGUCGAAACACACGCGGGUGCAAGAGAUCACGAAGUCUGUGGGGGCUUUCUUUGAUGGGAACGGAACACUGGUCAUGGACCAGUUUGAAAAGUGUGUGUCAAAACUCCAUGAUACCUUGGCCACUGAAAAGAAGACAAAAUAAUAAUGAUCAGACAUAGCCUUCUUUACAAUGCUGCACCACACUGGCAGAAACUGCAGUAGAGCACACUGGUAUUGUACGGUCCUGGGUGCAUUUGAAUUAGUUAUUGGUUGUUAUAAAAGUCUGCACGCCAGCAUUUGUUGUUCAUUAUUUAAUUUGUCCAAUAAAUUUUGACUGUUGUGCAUACAUUUUUUUUCUUCCUAUGUUUACCUUGAUACAAGUCUCAUCUAGACAUUGCUUUUAAGAACCCCUAAGACAACUAAAAAAAAAAAUUAAUAAAAUAUUUCUUGCACCACUCAAGUUAUCUUCACCAUUGAAUGGUCGUUCUAAAAAUGAAGAGAUUAGUCCUUUUAUUUUAUUGUUUAACUUCUCUUCCCCACAUUUUAUGCUGCCUUACAUAAUGUGUGCAGUGAAUGACCAGAUCAUUGUUGGAAAUUAUGUAAAAUACGUAUAGUUUUUGUCCUGAAAGCCUUAUUCAAUGUAACUAGUGUAUUUUAAAAGCUUUGCAAUUCUACAUGUAUUUUUCUGUUUAUGGAUUUUGUUACUACAGUAUGUAGUUACCAUAAGGCUUUAAAGGGAAAAAUAAAUUAUCUGAAAAGGGACUGUAUCCACACA